UUUAAAUUGCUAUUAUAAAUAAAUUUAUAUUAUUACUUUCAUGUUUUAUUUAUUAAUAAAAUAUGAAUUGUACUGUAUUAAAACAAAGCAGGAAUAGAAUUGGAAAGCUAGUCUUAUUUAGGGAAUUUCAAGAUAUUUUGGCAAUUAGAAUUUCAUAUAGUCUUAUUUGAGAAAUUCCCUUGCAUAAACUCUUAAUGGAAUAAUUAAGAUAUUAGUAAUAACGUGAAGCUGAUUUCAAUGUAGGUGGCCUUAUGGGAUUUAGUAGAGUUGCUUGGAAAAUGACGAACCUCAAGCCGAAUGGUUCAUGCGCAUAUAUUACCUUCAGAUAUAACAGCUCUAAUGGUGAUCAAGGUUUUCCUGGGGAUGUUAGAGCGGAAGUGACCUAUAUUAUAAAUGAAAAUUAUCACUUGAGUAUAAACAUGAAGGCCCAAACUCUGAACAAAGCAACUCCAAUGAACAUGGCCACACACCUAUAUUGGAACCUGAAUGGCCAUAUGAGUGGCAAUAUUUCAUCCGAACAGCUGCAGCUAUUUGCUUCUAAGAUCACUAAUGUGGACGAAGAGCUAGUUCCGGACGGUACCUUCUCAGUAGUCAACAACACACCCUACGAUUUUCAUGAACCCGUUAAGAUCGGGACACAACUCGAAAAACUUCCCGACCCAACGAAAGUCGGGUCGGUGCGCGGUUUCGAUAUCAACUAUGUAGUGGAUGGGUACCAGGAAAGUGAUAAACAUAGGAUGAAGAAAGUGGCAAUUUUGUACGAUGAGAAGUCAGGGAUAAAGAUGGAGUUGAAUGCAACUGCCCCGGGAGUUCAACUCUUCACAGCUAACAGCUUGAAGGAUAGGAAAGGAAAAGAGGGAGCACUUUACCAGGCAUAUGCUGGCGUGUGCUUGGAGACACAGGACUUCCCUGAUGCUGUGAACCAUAAAAAUUUCCCCACCACUAUAAUCACGAAGGAUAACCCCUAUUAUCAUUCAAUGUCUAUUUCUUUCACUACUAUGUAGAAAGAAUUUGAAGUGUUUUUUAAAG